GUACAAAGCACGGGUUACCUGCUAGUCAUUUAUAAGAGUUGUUUCUGGAAUUAUUUAUUUUAAUGUCAUAUUUUACUUUCAGAAAGAAUCAUUACUCCAUUCUCAGAAAGAGUGCAACAUAGUAAAUGUAUAUUAGCGGCUCAACUGUUCAAGAUUAUCGUAGAAAAAAAGUCAAAUCUUUGUUUGGCAGCAGAUGUAACUAGUUCUGUAGAACUAUUGAAUCUUGCGCAAACCUUGGGACCCUAUAUUGUCAUUUUCAAAGUCCACGCCGAUAUUGUGAAAGAUUUCAAGCAGGAAACUGCUGACCAAUUGAGAUCAAUCGCCAAGUCACACAAGUUUCUCAUCAUGGAAGACAGAAAAUUUGCAGACAUUGGUGAAACAGUGAGACAGCAGUACUGUUCGUACUCUCCAUGGGCAGAUCUUGUCACCGUCCAUCCUCUGCCAGGUGACGGCGUUCUGAAAGCGCUGUCAACUGCGUUCACAGAGUCCACUUCUCAACCAAGGGCUGUUUUCAUUGUCGCUCAGCUCAGUUGUCAGAAUAAUCUUAUCACUGCUGAUUAUACAAAAGGUGAUUAUUACAAUAAUUAUUUCAUCCAUUUUGUAACAUUAUAUUCUCUUUAAGUUUUAUUUCAAUCA